AUGGAUUGAGUUUCGCGUCUCUGAGUGUUUUAUUUGAAGGUGGCUAUCAAGAAUUGCCGACAACUCGAUAUCCGCAUGCCUUUACGUAUUCCUUGACAGACAUUUGUACAUUUAUGAUUGUUACUUACUUAACUUUACUUAACUCCAACUACCAUCAUGUCUCUAUCUCCUUUAUUUGAUCCGGUGGACUCACCAUCCUCCUCUCCGGACAUGCCAAUGAGUUCCCCUCAACUUCCAAAGCUUCCCUCCAUGAUCAGAACACCAAGGAAGGAACGGCGGCAAACAUCCAUUACGCCUAGAAGAUUCAAAAGGUUUUUCGACAACAAGGCUCCCGCAGUAUCAAUGUCUUCGCCGUCUGGUCGAGCCCUGAAGGAAUUGGUCAAUAAUCGUCAAGGAACACAAUCGAGCCCAUUGAAGCCUUUCAACAUGGAGAUCCGACGGGAACAUCAGGAAUCGAUCCCAAAACCUCGAGAAUUUAAGAGAAGAAAAAAGUCCCACAGCGAUAUAAGCUCAGACACAAGUUCGGACAAUGAGUGCUCAUUUAGAGAUCAGAUUCGACAUGGCCAAUCACGUCUUGGCUCCCGAAAGACAGCCUCUUCGUCAUAUUCAAAAACAAAAUCGAAUAUUGAAGGAGCGGAAGAAGGGACACAACAACAAGAAGAGGAGGAAUGUAUUAUUGAACCUGCACUUGCAAAGGAACCCAUAGAGUGCAUCACUGCUUUCGAAAAUCGGGGGUUGAGUGCGAGGUUAUUGAAAUUAAGUUUGGGUGCUCUCAGGUCGAGACGAGCAAAUCUAGCAUAUCCUAUCAGUGGUAGCAUAGCCACUCUUACCUUUUAUAUACGUAUUUACUAAUGUCCACCAGAUUGGCGAAAUGAGACCGCAUCAUUCUAUAGUAGACCCGAAGAUGUAAGCCACACUUUGAGUCUUUUGGGUGGCAGGGACAGCAUACCUUUUUGUAACGCUGGUCUAAAUAGUAGGUGAAGUGACUCGUCCUCCCAAAUAAACACACAUUGGAUGAAAUACAUCGCAUACCAAUAUGAUUCUCAAGAAUCUAUAUAGAAGAACCAUUUGCCAGAUCUGACUUGGGACAUUGAAAAGUGCUAUGAGGAAUUGGUACCUUGCAGAAUUCGCCAUGGUGUGCGAUUUAUUUCGUCCAUUGCGUGACUACCUAACAGAUACUAACUAUACACAGCGAACUCUUUGGUAGCCAUCGGUGAUGAUGAAGGACGUAUUAGAUUAGUGGAAUCCGAGAAAAAUGGACAGCCUUCAUUCAGCAAUGUAUACCUUGGUUGGCAGAUUCACAAAAAUGCUAUUAUUGAUCUUUCACUUUCCGACGAUGAUGCUCUGAUUGCCACGGCAUCCGGAGAUCUUUCCGCCAAAGUUUCAGACAUGACAACUCAAAAGCCAAUAUCCAUCCUUGCAAACCAUAGUGCAACAUUAAAGCAAGUUAGGUUCCAACCGGGGGCAAAUAACAAGAAUGUACUCGCCACCUCGGGCAGAGAUGGUAGUGUUCAGAUUUGGGACCUAAGAUGCAAGGGCGAUGAUGGCCCCAUCAUGGAGAUGCAGAAGCUACCAGGUGAAGGUCUUCCACGUUGUGCCAAUGUAAACAGCAUUUUGAAUGCUCAUCAUGGUUCACAUUCGCAUGAGCCGAAGCCUAACACAAAUCCGCGGUCACUUACUAUUCCUAAGAAAGGGCGCAUCGGCGAUAUAUCAGUUACCAGCAUCCAUUUCUUACCACCCGGUCAGGAGCACUUACUACUCACGGGAUCAGAAUCGAAUUCUAUUGUCAAGCUCUGGGAUAUCCGCAAUUGUUCCAAUAAGCGGAAAAGCAACCAACCAGUUGCAUACACGAAACAGAUUCCCAGCCAUGUCGGCAAUCGUCCUUUUGGUGUUACCUCUCUUAGUAUGAGCUAUGAUGGAAGCAGAUUUUACAGCGUUUGUAAAGACAAUAUUGUAUAUGCAUAUUCUACCUCGCAUCUCAUCCUCGGCCAUGCCCCUGAAUUCGAAAGUGGUAGCGGGAAACGAACAACUCAACGGGCAGUUCAGGAAGGCUUAGGCCCGCUGUAUGGAUUGCGACAUCCAUCUUUCCACGUGGCCAAUUUCUAUAUCAAAUCUGCAAUUCGGAAACCCGUCAAUGGCAAUUCCGAACUUCUAGCUGUAGGAAGUAAUGAUGGAACGCCCAUUUUAUUUCCCACUGAUGAACGCUACCUCGGUACAAAGGCAAAUACUUCUAUUCCGCUUGACGGCAUCGUCCAAAAGUCCCGAACGUUGAGCAUUAGUAGCCUGCAGCGAUCUGGGAAACUCAGCCUGGCGCUUGAGGAAAGUAGGAAAAAUACUUCGGUGGAGGAUCUAGUCCCUAUUUAUACACACGGAACAGCGCUGGUGAGAGGACAUGGGAGAGAAGUGAGCUCGCUAAGUUGGACGAGCAAUGGUGAACUUAUCUGUGCAGACGAUGAUUGGAAUGUUAGAUGUUGGAGGGAGGGAAAGGAUGCUAGAGAUUUGAGAGUGGGUGGAGAAACGGGGGGCAGACGGUGGGGUUGUGGAUGGGCAGAUGUUGAAGAGGAUUAUGACGACGAAGAUGAGUAGAUUAAUCUUGACUGGAUAUCAAGUUCCCCAGAUGUGUGAAAAGAGUGCCCCUUUAGCAUGGACUCUAAUUUUGUGAAAGCUGUCCCCACGAGUCUGUCAUGAGGAGCAUGGGUCGCUUUGUUUGUUUGGCGUAUUAGGUAUACCCCCAAAGUUCAUUAUAUAGCUUGCAGCCACCAGACGGAUUAGAUGAUUAGUAUAUUUAAUAUAAUUAGAUUUAGUGG